AUGUCUUGGGCGGGCUUCAAGAAGAAUGUCAACCGUGCGACGACGCAGGUUAUGAUGAAAACUGGCCAUGUCGAGAAAACGAACGACCGCGAUUAUGAAGUCGAGGAGAGGCGAUUCCGCACAAUGGAGGCCGCGUCGUUGCGGUUACAAAAGGAGGCAAAAGGAUACUUGGACUCGUUACGAGCGAUGACGGCAUCACAAAUGCGAAUUGCCGAGACGAUCGAUGCAUUUUACGGAGACUCGGGCGCUAAGGACGGCGUGAGCAGGAGUUACAAGCAGGCAGUGGAGGACCUCGAUGCUGAGACGAUCAAAGCACUUGACGGGCCAUACCGGACAACAGUGCUGGAACCCAUCUCCCGUUUCUGCGCCUACUUUCCCGACGUAAACGAAUGCAUCAAAAAGCGCGGGCACAAACUCCUGGACUACGACGCGCUCCGAGCGAAAGUGAAGAAACUCGUCGAGAAGCCAGACAAGGACGUGACGAAGCUGCCACGGGCCGAGAAGGAGAUGGACAUGGCGAAAGCUGCCUACGAGCAGCUCAACGAGCAGCUCUCCACCGAACUGCCCCAGCUCAUCGACCUGCGCGUGCCAUACCUCGACCCAUCCUUUGAGGCACUUGUCAAAAUCCAGCUGCGUUUCUGUGCCGAGGCGUACAGUCGCAUGGCGCAGGUACAACAAUACCUCGAUGCCGACACGCGCGAGCAAUACGCACAGGGCCAGUUGGAUACGAGAGUCGAGCAGGUGUUGCAGGAGAUUCGGGAGUUGAGUAUCAGCGGGACGGUAUAA